UCCUGCUGUCCCAUUUAGAAGGAUUCUAAAGUCAAAAGCUUUUGUAAGCUCAUACACUUAUUCUGGUGCUGGAUUCUAGGGCAACACAGCUUUGAAGAAACAUGUCUACAGCUCUAAUCUGUCCUUCCUGUCACUGGAGUCACUAGAACUAGAGCUCCCACCAUGUCCCCUGUCCUGCUCAAGGUGUCCCAAUGUUGCCUGGUAUGCACAUGUUCGGCCAACCUGGUGCUGCUCUCACAGCCAAGCCUGUCCGACCGCAGUUUACCCGAUACCUGUGCAACUCUUGACACUCUGCAGGCUGGUGAUAGAGGCAGCGGGUCUGUGGGGGCCGUGCACCCUCCCCAGACGCCCUGAGGAGCUUCUGUGGCCCGCAUGGCCCCUGUGUUUGUGUAUGGGACUCUGAAGAGAGGCCAGCCCAACCACAAGGUCCUGCUGGAUGGCACCAACGGCUGCGCGGCCUUCCAAGGCCGGGGCCGCACGGUGGAACCGUACCCCUUGGUGAUUGCUGGCGAGCACAACAUCCCACGUCUGCUGAACCUCCCGGGGCAGGGGCAGUGUGUGGUCGGGGAGAUCUAUGCUGUGGAUGAGCAGAUGCUGCGCUUCUUGGAUGAGUUUGAGGGCUGCCCCGACAUGUACCAGCGCAUGCUGGUGAGGAUCGCCGUCCUCGAGUGGGAGGACACACAGGGAGCCCCUGAGGAGACGCUGGCCUCAGACGGGACCCUGCAGUGCUUCGUGUACAGCACAGGCACCUACUCACCUGAGUGGGUCCACCUCCCAUCCCAUGACAACUAUGACUCCCACGGGAAACAUGGGCUGCGCUAUAAUCCACGGGAGAACAGGUGAGAAGUGCCAGGACUGCUCCUUGACCAGGGGACAGAGGGAGCCCUGGUGAUGAUGAGAUUGUGGACAGAUGGUAAGCCCCGGAUGCCUCCCCUCGGACCACACCACUGAAUGCACAAGUGGAAUAAUGCUCCCUGAAACACACAGUUGUAAAAAUCUGUGGGAAAAGGAACAAUCUCUCUUUCAGUUGUAGCCGAUUUCCCCAAUAUUUUGACAUACUGAUCACAAGAUUAUGCCUGAAGCCCAUCUCUCUGCUAGCGCUUUGUUGCUUGCUGCUUCAGGAACGCCCUGGGCUUGAAUGGAUGGGAUAAGGAAGAUCCAGGAUUUUAAUUCCCCUAAAUGACAUUUCAAGAACUCAUGUCAUACUUUUCUUUCUUUCUUUUUUGCUUUGCUUUGAUCUGAAGAUAACAUUUAAAAUGUAGACUUUGUGUAGCAGCUAGAUUUUAGCAACCCCACUGUAUUGAUUCUAACCUGUCACAGUGAGAUGAAUUUUUAAACUGAUUUGGGUUAUCUCAGCAUUAAUAAAAUAAUCUCAAGAAAAACAUACUGUGUUUUGGGGGUAGUUUUAAAGCAUAUAAAACAUCAUUAUUCACAAUUUUCAGAUCAACCUUAUUAAAUAAGGGAUUACUAAGGAUGAUCAUGUAACAUUAAACUGGAUGUUUUGGGAAACCGAAUUUAAAAGUGUUGGUACUACUUUUGGGGUUUUUUUUUGGGGGGGGGGUUGUUACUUACUUGGUAGAAGGUUCUUUUCAUUAUAACCUAGCAAUAUAACAAGCCACCUACUUGCUGGCAGAUAGUGCUGAGCAGUCUGAUGUCAGCUAGAAGCUGACCCGAGCCCAAGGGGCAAGGUGCUGUCCCUGCCCCCAGAGGGAGCGGUGUUUAGGGAGUACGGGGGCCUUUCAGAGAAGAACCAACACAUUAGUAAUUUGUUCUUCAGGCCUGACAGAAAGCUUAGCUUCCAAAUACAAACAGCACUUAAAAUAAUUUUAGCAAGGCACGAAGUACCAAUUACUACCCACCUCCAUCUGAUAAUCUGUCAGUGUAGAUUCAGAUCAGCACACGCCUCUGCCUCUGCUUACUUACCAGCAAAGUAUGAAAUGUAUUCCAAGAAUUUCAGAAGCAGUGAAAACGCAGCUGCUGAUCCUUAGUAACCUCGUUCUCCGCUGGGAGAGCUCACUUGCUCUUCAACUUAAUGGUAGACUAUGAUUACUAACUGCAUCUGGCACAAAAACACCAUCAGUAUUUUUAGCCCUUUUUUCUUAAUUGGAAACUUGCUUCACAAAAACACAAAAAGGCAAGGAUGGGUAUCAACUGAUGGGCUUCUGGCAGCCACACCCACCACUCUCAGGCCAGGGAGCCCCAGCAAAGCCUGGGGGAGGCGGGGCAGGUGGCAGGGGGUUUCCAAGCUCCUGGGUGGGGGUCCUGCACAGGCUUUUGGAAGUCAGGUAUAGCCACAGACCAGAGUGAGGGCCUCAACCAGGAGACGUAGGUAAUCAGAUUAUGAGGU